AUGACAGGCAACGGAGAGGAAAGGAGGAAAGCAGUAGCUGACACUACUGCCAACCUCCUCCGCACCAUCAAUGAAGUGGAAAACGAGGACAUGACACCAAACACAUCUCACGGAAGCUUAGACCCUACUUCCAGUGCCACCCCAUCUCGGCCGAUUGGCCAAAUGGGCUAUAGAACUCAGCAAGCACGACAUAACCUAUCAGCCACAAACGACGAUAAAGUCACAAGUGCUCGCCGACUUCGUCGCCAACUUCAGCGCAAAAAUAAUGCCCAAGUUGAAAUGGAAGCCGCCCACACUCGCACCGAACUACAUGACCUAUGGAUACUAUACACAGAUGGCUUGUCAAAUGCCCUGGGAUCGGGACUGGGACUCGUACUCGAGGUCCCGACUGGCAAAGUAAUUCGCCAGUCCAUUCGGUGCCCAGACAUGACUAACAAUGAGGCCGAGUAUGAGGCCGUGAUUGCAGGCUUAAAACUAGAACUCGAGUACGGAGCGAGAUGGGCCGUCCUACGGUGCGACUCUCAGCUCGUCGUCAAUCAGGUCACAAGGACUUUCCAAAUAAAAGAACAGAGGUUGCAAAAAUAUCAGGUCGAGAUCUGCAAGCUAUUACCCCAGUUCGACGAGUGCCAACCUGACCAGAUCCCACGAGCCCAGAAUGUUGAGCAGACGACCUCGCCAAGUUGUCCACGGCCACUAGAAACAUACCCGAGAAAGGGAACGUGA